AUGGACGUAAGAUUUUAUCCACCUCCAGCCCAGCCCGCUGCUGCUCCCGCUGCUCCCUGUCUGGGACCUUCUCCCUGCCUGGACCCCUACUAUUGCAACAAGUUUGACGGUGAGAACAUGUAUAUGAGCAUGACAGAGCCGAGCCAGGACUAUGUGCCAGCCAGCCAGUCCUACCCUGGCCCAAGUCUGGAAAGUGAAGACUUUAACAUUCCACCCAUCACACCUCCUUCCCUUCCCGACCACUCUCUGGUGCACCUGAAUGAGGUGGAGUCAGGGUACCACUCCCUCUGUCACCCCAUGAACCACAACGGCCUGCUCCCGUUCCAUCCGCAAAACAUGGAUCUGCCAGAGAUCACCGUGUCCAACAUGCUGGGCCAGGAUGGCACACUGCUCACCAACUCCAUCUCUGUGAUGCAAGAUAUUGCAAGCACCGAAGGAGCUCCGUACGGCUCCCAUCCUCAGAUUGCAGCCAUGAGGCCAAGAGGCCAGCCAACAGACAUCAGACAGCAGGCAAGCAUGAUGCAGCACGGCCAGCUGACCACCAUCAACCAGUCCCAGCUGAGUGCACAGUUGGGUUUGAACAUGGGAGGAAGCAACGUUCCCCACAACUCUCCUUCUCCCCCUGGGAGCAAGUCUGCAACCCCUUCGCCUUCUAGCUCCGUGCAUGAAGACGAGGGUGAAGACACCUCCAAGAUCAAUGGUGGAGAGAAGCGGCCUGCCUCUGAUAUGGGGAAAAAACCAAAAACUCCCAAAAAAAAGAAGAAGAAGGACCCUAAUGAGCCCCAGAAGCCCGUGUCUGCCUACGCUUUGUUCUUUCGAGAUACUCAGGCUGCCAUCAAGGGCCAAAAUCCGAAUGCAACUUUUGGUGAAGUUUCUAAGAUUGUGGCUUCCAUGUGGGAUGGCCUCGGAGAAGAACAGAAACAGGUCUACAAGAAGAAAACUGAGGCGGCGAAGAAGGAGUACCUGAAGCAGCUAGCAGCUUACAGAGCCAGCCUCGUAUCCAAGAGCUACAGUGAUCCUGUGGAUGUGAAGACGUCUCAGCCACCCCAGCUGGUCAACUCAAAGCCAUCGGUGUUCCACGGGCCCAGCCAGGCCCACUCAGCUCUGUACCUAAGUUCUCACUAUCACCAACAACCAGGAAUGAAUCCUCACCUCACCGCCAUGCACCCAAGCCUCCCCAGGAACAUAGCACCCAAGCCGAAUAACCAAAUGCCAGUGACUGUCUCCAUAGCCAACAUGGCUGUGUCCCCACCACCGCCCCUCCAGAUCAGCCCGCCUCUUCACCAGCACCUCACCAUGCAACAGCAUCAGCCUCUCGCCAUGCAGCAGACCCUCGGGAGCCAGCUCCCCAUGCAGGUCCAGUCUGCCUUACACUCGCCUACCAUGCAACAAGGAUUUACUCUUCAACCCGACUAUCAGACGAUUAUCAACCCUACAUCUACAGCCGCACAAGUUGUCACCCGAGCGAUGGAGUACGUGCGCUCUGGGUGCAGAAAUCCUCCCGCGCAGCCGGUGGACUGGAAUAACGAGUACUGCAGUAGUGGGGGCAUGCAGAGGGACAAAGCGCUGUACCUCACCUGAAAACCUCACCGCCUCUCUUUUCCACUGAGGAGUUCAGGGAAGUCUUUUCAUCGCGGAUUGCAGUUCUUCAUUUUAUUAGAAAAUUCAAGUUGCUAAGCACUUAGGACCAUGUGAGCUUGUGGGUCACCCACUCUGGAAGAAAAUAGUCAUGCUUCGUUAUUAUUUUUUUAAUCUUUUCUGGACAUUGUUCCUCUUCCCUGCAGGAAGAAUGGACAGUUCUGAUUUCUGUUGGGUUUGCUGUGA